UUAAAGAUCCAUAACCGCAAUAACAAUGGAGAGUCUCCCCAUGAUGAAAUCCAUACUUCUUUUGGCUUUAAUAGCUUCGUUUGCUGGUGCAUAUGAUCCUAGCCCUAUGCAAGAUUUUUGUGUUGCAGUUCGUGAUGCCCAAGCUGCCGUGUUUGUGAAUGGGAAGGUUUGCAAGAACCCAAAACUUGUUACGGCAGAUGAUUUCUACAUAGCUGCUGGUUUUAACACCCCUGCUGGAGGCACAAACCUUACUUCUGUGGGAAUAAUAUCAAACUUUAUAGAUGUGGAGCGAUUCCCAGGGCUGAACACCAUGGGGUUAUCAGUUGGGCGAAUAGAUUUUGAGCCAAAUGGCCUAAUCCCACUCCACUACCACCCUCGAGGCAGCGAGGUCGUGUUUGUUCUGGAAGGCACUCUCUACGUUGGAUUUGUGACUUCGAACGCACAAAACAUCGGAAAGAAUGAGGUUUUCGCCAAAAUUCUUAACCCGGGCGACGCCAUCAUUUUCCCUGUGGGACUUAUUCAUUUCCUCUAUAACGUUGGCCGCACCAAUGCUGUUGCCUUUGGCUCUUUCAAUAGCCAAAAACCAGGAUUUGUGUACCUUGCAAAUGCCGUGUUUGGACCUGCCCCGCCAAUUUCAGACGAUGUGCUCGCCAAAACAUUCCACCUGGAGAAGAAGAUCGUGCAGUUUCUUCAAGCGCAGAACUGGUCUCUUGCCUAAUUAUAUAUAUAUAUAUAUAUGCUUGUGUAGUAGUGUGUAUGUUUGCCACUUCACUAGUCACUACCUCUCCCUGGUUUGACAUAAAAUAUUCAAAAUAAUAAAUAAGUUAUCGUUUUCAAAAAAAAAAAAAAAAAGAAAUAAGUUAUCAAUUCAAACUUUUAGUUUAAAUGAAAGGUAUCUUUAAUUUUAUUUUCAGUUUAA